CCCCAUAUUUGGAGCCAAAGGCCAUGCCCAGAACGCCAGUGCAACACUGAAUGCCAUGUUCGCAUCAAAACGGGCUGUGCAUCAGCGCUGUAAACACGGGCCAGCACUAUUAUUCAUAAGCAUCCCGGACAAUUUAGAGGCACUUGACCGCAGAUGUAUUGAUACUAUGUACGUUGCAUAAGAAGCACCGUUGCAGCUGCAAGCUUGCCGCCACUUCGGUUGCACCAGUGCCGCGGAGGCAUUUCGCUCAUUGAGUAUCAUAAAAUAAGUGCAAUCUUUCAAUAAUUGAUCUUUGAAUAGAAAACCGACUUGCGCAAGCAUGCUGCCAAACGGCGUUGCGAUGCCGCUGCCUUCCGAGGAUGAAAGCGCUGGACCGAGUGAGCUUGAUGUGCCUAUAACGCGAGAGGAGGCGCUGCUGGCGCUGGUGGCGGCGGUGUGCACCGCCUUCGUCAGCCCCGUGACGCGGAAGGACGUGCAGCGAGCAGCUCGGGCGCUGGUGCCCGGCGUGUCAGACUCGGAGCUGCAGUCCGCCCUGACCUCCGCACAGCGGCACCCCCACGCCCAGCCGCAGCACACGGCGUCGGCUGGUGCCCCUGUUUCCUGCGGCCCCGUUCCCAGUGUCGGUGGCGGCGCGGCCGGCGCCCGCACCACGCCCACUGGGCAGCGGUCUGGGCUGGAGUCGCAGGAGGUGCUGGCUCGGCGUGUGUUCUCGGUCAGCGUCGGCCGCGUGCUGCAGCAGCCCUGGCUCCAGCGACGGGCGGCGGCGGGAGCGCCAGGCGCGCCGGGUUCAGGGGCAGGCCCCAGCGCGCAGCAGGCCGCACAGGCGACUGGGCACGACCAGGACGAGGACAUCGCGGCGGCCUGGUCGCAGCUGACGGAGGCGCAGCGGCUCGGCUUCACCGCCGCGGUGGGCCCUGGGCUGGCGCGGCUGGAGGCGCGGCAGCGGGCGCUGGGCCGGGCGCUGAGCGAGGCGGAGGUGGUGGCGGAGCUGGAGGGCUUUGUGGUGGCGCCGGACCAGGAGGCGGAGGGGCAGCAAGAGGAGCGGCAGGGGCGGGAAGAGGAGGGGGAAGAGGAAGGGGGGCGGCAGCAGGGGCAGGGCCGGGAGGACAAGGCGAGCUCGAGCAGCAGCAGCGACGGCAGCAGCGACGGCGAUGACUCGGACUCGGACACGGACUCGAGCAGCGACAGCGGCAGUGAGGGCGAGUGGCAAGAGGGCAGGGCGGCGAAUGUGGUUGGGAGCGGGCACGGGCAAGGUCGCGAGAAGCGGCAGCGGCUGGAGUCGCGUUCACUGCUGCAACUACUCACGGCCGCGCCGCCUGAGGGGGUCGGCGCCUGACGCGGUAUGGCCUGACCCGCCUGUGGGCCCAGCGCCGGCCUGCGUGGGACUGAUGCCGCGUGGGACUGGUGCAGCACGACACGCGGAGGGGGGGGGGAGUACUGCACCAUGGGCUGUGGCCGCGGCUGUGCAGACUAGGACACUGGGAGGGCAGCUUCGCGCACACUUCAUGAGGUAUUCUCGUAAUGGGGC